ACCCACUGGUAGUUGAUCUGAAAGAUAAUAUAUAUCAAUACAGGGUUUUGCUUGAGUUUCUUUUCUCCCUUGCUCCCCAGGAUCAUUGACUGGUUUUGCAUCUGAUGAAAUUUUCAUGCCCAUCCACAGAACAGUGGGAAUCUAAGGAUAGAGAUUAAUUUUUCAGUAAUUAUACCAUGCCAGUAGAUUGCUGGAUUCAUCCCUGCAUCUGCAGAGGACCCCUGGCUGUAGGUGGUGGUUCACAGGAAUGUGUGGCAGGAGGAAAUCCAGCCGGGGGGAGCUGCUUGUUUCUUUUGGCAAAAUAUAUGGAUGGGGAAGGAAGGAAUGCAUGUGAGUGUCCUUUCCUGGAAAUGUUUUGAGGAAAAAGUGGGUACUGAGCUGGUAUAACAUGCAGAGAAAAAGCUGAUUGCUUUCUGGGCUACAGCAGUAGCUGUAGGGCACUGAGUGUCACUGACGGAUGCCAGGGAGAGGUACCCAAGGCUGGAUUGUGGCUCAGCAGCAUCACUGCUCUGCCUUUUCACUUGGGGGAUUACCAGACACUCUCUGCCUUGUGCUUUCAACAUGCCUGGUCAAGGCUGGGCUUCUGGGACAUUUCAUCUUCCGCAGACUCAUGCAUCCAUUUCUCCUGUCCCUCCCUAUUCCAGAGAACAGCCCAUCUUCACCACCAGAGCCCAUGUCUUCCAAAUUGACCCCAGCACGAAGAAGAACUGGGUUCCCGCAAGCAAGCAGGCUGUAACUGUUUCCUACUUCUAUGACAGCACGAGAAACAGCUAUCGGAUUAUCAGUGUGGAUGGAGCCAAGGUGAUCAUAAACAGCACAAUCACGCCUAACAUGACCUUCACUAAAACAUCGCAGAAGUUUGGCCAGUGGGCGGACAGCAGAGCAAAUACAGUGUUUGGAUUGGGCUUUCCCUCCGAGCAGCAGCUGACAAAGUUUGCAGAGAAAUUCCAAGAAGUAAAAGAAGCUGCCAAACUAGCAAGAGACAGAUCUCAAGAGAAAAUUGAGACCUCAAGCAAUCAUUCCCAGGAAUCUGGACGUGAAACACCAUCUUCCACUCGAGCAUCUAGUGUGAAUGGGACAGAUGACGAGAAAGCAUCACAUGGUGGUCCUGCUGAGGCACACCUCAAGUCUGAGAAUGAUAAAUUAAAAAUUGCUCUAGCCCAAAGUUCAUCCAACGUGAAGAAGUGGGAGACGGAGCUGCAGACGCUGCGGGAGAGCAAUGCCAGGCUGACCACAGCGCUGCAGGAGUCUGCAGCCAGCAUCGAGCACUGGAAGAAGCAGUUCUCAGCCUGCAAGGAGGAGAAUGACCAGCUCAGGACCAAGAUUGAAGAACUGGAGGAACAGUGCAAUGAAAUAAAUAAAGAGAAGGAAAGAAAUGCGCAGCUGAGUAGACGUCUCCAAGAACUAGAAACAGAACUUCAGGACAAAGAACUGGAACUGGAAGAGCUCAGAAAGCAGGGUGAAAUUAUACCACAGCUAAUGUCAGAAUGUGAAUCUGUAUCUCAACAAUUACAGGCUGCUGAGGAAAAGAACAAAGAUCUUGAAGAGAAAGUCAGAACGCUAAGGACAGAAGUUGAAGAGAGCAAACAUAGGCAGACCAACCUUAAAACUGAAUUAAAGAAUUUUUUAGAUGUACUAGACGGGAAGAUAGAUGAAUUACAUGAUUUCCGACAAGGACUGUCUAAACUUGGGGUUGACAACUAGAUGGCAAUAGAAUUUUUUUUUUGUAAUCUAGGGUCUGGAUGUUUGAUGUUUUGUUGAUCCCAAACGUGUUUUACAAAAUAUAACUAGAAUGUUCCACUUGUUUGCAUUGUUUUUGUACAUAGAGGCUGAAAAUUUGCUGUGGGGGUUUUUUGGGUUUUUUUGGUUUAUUUUCCAAACCAAUCGUGCUGCUCACUGAAUUCUGUUGAGAUUAGAAACUUUCUAUAUUGCUGCUCUGGCUUCGUGGGGGUUGGGAACAGGUAGAGGGUUCUGUCUCAGGAAUCUGGAACUAGAUCUACCUUAAAAUGAAUAUGCAGUUAGUUGUUGCAGGGAAAUUUAUAUCUUUCUUAAGGGCUGUUGCAACCAUAGAAACAGAAAACAAGUCUUUUUCUUGUCCGGACUAUCAGCACUCCUAGCAACAUCCACUCUUAUUCCUUGGUGGAGCAGAGAGAAGAUUAGUUGGAGCUCCUGCAGUUUGUAAAAUGUGCCUGUGAUGAGCUGCAGUCAAGUGAAUCACUUCACACAGAUACCAGUGUCUUUAGGGACCAUGUCAAUCAUGCCUGAGUCACCGAAAAAAAAUAAUCCAGUGGAUUUCAGAUAACCUCCAAUACAGGUUGCAUGUGCUUGCCUGGACCCGUACAGCACAAAGCGAUGAUGUAGGAAGGAAUCUCAGCUCUUGAAGUCAUGCAUCUUACCCAGUAGGUGAGGGGAGCUUCUCGUGCUUAGCAAGAUCACCUCUCUCUGGCCUUCAAUUUUGAACCCCUAUAGUUCUGUCAUUAUGUGCAUCUCUGAAAAAUGCCCACCUGAGUCUCGGGACCAAAUAUUUCUUUUAAAAAGCGGUAUGUUGCUGAUUUUUACACAGAGCACAUGCACCUCUGUGCAAUUUGAUCACUGUUGGUUAAUUUCUGCAGCAGUGAAGAAGGAAAUGUUGGUCUGAAGAGCAGUCUAAGGUUACUAGAAAAGGGGGUUGCUCGGAAGCCAGUUUCUGCCCAGGAGACCAGCAGGGUCACGGCCGCAUGAAAUUAAAAUCCUUUCCUAUGAUUUCUGCAUUCUCACCUCAUGUAUCUUUGACAGUAGGGUGGGAAUUAGUCACGAAGUUAGACUGUGCAAAAAAAAAAAACCCAAAUCAAAGGGCAGAAAUGCUGUUGUAUUCUCAAACUGAUUAUUCAGCAGCUCUAAAUACGUUUUGAGAAAUGUAUAUGGUGGGCUCCAAUGAGAAGUUCACUUAAUCAGAGACAGGGAUGUAAAAAGGACCAGAGAGGAGAUGUCAGCCCAAGUUUUGCUCUUGCCCCCAGGACUACCUUCAGCUCCUUUCUCUUUUUCUCCCUAACCUGGUUUGAGAGUCUGUUUACAGAGGAUCUGAAUUAAUUCAGGAAAGAACUUUUGUUUAUGUGACAUCAUUACUUUCUUAAUUCAGGCGAAAGCUCGGUUAAGCACCAUGUUAGUGCUGUCCAGCAGUAACUGAUAUAAAAUGGCUGUGGUUUAUUUUUUUUUUAUUUAGGGGCUUUUUUAUUUUCUUGGCACAUCUCAAUUAUAAAAGUGACCUUUAAAAGAAAGGAGGCUAUAGAUGAAACAUGCAUUUAAUACUUUUUGCAUGUGGAUACAUAACCCCCCUGCUGGAGAUAAGUUCUGUCUUCAAUUGUCCCUUGAAUUUUCAUUUCAUCUGUUGCUGUUGUGUUACCUUCAUUGCCUGUUUUUUAGACUGGACUUUGUGUAUUUUUGCUUUUACUCCUUUUAAACAACGGAUGUGAAGCUGGAACCUUUCAUAACCAUUAUGACCAUUUAAGUCUCUUUAAAAAAAAUUGCUGUAGGCUGUUGAUAUUUAAAAAUAAAAAUAAAAAUCAGGUACAUAGA